AGUAAUGACAACAUGCUCGGCUGUGCAGUUUGUAAUUUCGCUCUCGCUGGUUCAGGCAUCGAAGCUGCGAGACGACUGGGUUACUAGAGGCUAGAGAGGACUGCGUCGAAGUCGAGAUUCGUCCACUGUCGGAACUCGGAAAGCCCCGGAAUUAGGGCAAAAAUCACACUGAAUUGAAGACUGCAGCUUAAGCGAUUCCAUGGCAGUUCCGAUUGAAGAAGCCAUUGCUGCUCUGUCCACAUUCUCGUUGGAGGAUGAGCAGCCGGAGGUGCAAGGGCCAGGGGUUUGCGUGUCCACUGAGAGAGGUGCAACCAACAGUCCCGUUGAUUAUAGUGAUGUUUCUGCAUACCGCCUUUCUCUAUCAGAAGACACAAAAGCUCUUAAUCAAUUGAACACACUUAUUCAAGAGGGGAAGGAGAUGGCAUCAGUGCUGUAUACAUAUCGCAGUUGCGUCAAAGCACUUCCUCAGCUUCCUGAUUCUAUGAAGCACAGUCAGGCUGACUUGUAUUUAGAAACUUACCAAGUUCUGGACUUGGAAAUGAGUCGUCUGCGUGAAAUCCAGCAAUGGCAAGCGUCAGCUGCUUCAAAACUAGCAGCUGAUAUGCAACGGUUUUCUCGGCCUGAGAGACGUAUCAAUGGCCCUACAAUAACUCAUCUCUGGUCCAUGUUAAAGUUACUUGAUGUUUUGGUGCAACUUGAUCAUCUUAAAAAUGCAAAAGCAAGCAUACCUAAUGACUUCUCUUGGUAUAAAAGGACGUUCACUCAAGUCAGUGUUCACUGGCAAGAUAUUGAUUCAGUAAGGGAGGAGUUAGAUGAUCUACAGAUUUUCUUGAGCACUAGAUGGGCUAUUUUAUUAAACUUACACGUCGAGAUGUUCCGUGUAAACAAUGUAGAAGACAUUCUCCAAGUUCUCAUAGUCUUUGCUGUUGAGUCAUUGGAAUUGGAUUUUGCGCUUCUUUUUCGAGAGAGACACAUUCUUCUUCGUGUUUUGCCUGUUCUUGUUGUCUUGUCAACAUCAUCAGAGAAGGAUAGCGAGUCACUUUAUAGAAGGGUGAAAAUCAAUCGAUUGAUCAACAUCUUCAAGAAUGAUCCAGUCAUCCCUGCAUUUCCAGAUCUUCAUCUUUCUUCUGCUGCAAUGUUGAAGGAAUUAUCAAUGUACUUCCAGAAAUUCUCUACCCAAACCCGUCUUCUCAGCCUUCCGGCACCUCAUGAGCUCCCACCUCGUGAGGCACAAGAAUAUCCUAGGCAUUAUCUGAUUGUAAAUCACAUUGGCGCUAUUCGUGCUGAGCAUGAUGAUUUCAUAAUUCGUUUUGCUUCAUGCAUGAAUCAGCUAUUGUUGCUAAAAUCAACCGAUAGUGCAGAUGUUGAAUGGUGUAAAGAAGUCAAAGGAAACAUGUAUGAUAUGGUGGUAGAGGGUUUCCAGCUUUUAAGCAGGUGGACUGGACGCAUUUGGGAACAGUGUGCAUGGAAAUUUUCUCGUCCCUGCAAGGAUGCAUUUCCUAGUGAAUCAAAUGAGUCUUCAGCAUCAUAUUCUGACUAUGAAAAGGUAGUUCGAUAUAAUUAUACUAAAGAAGAAAGGAAAGCGCUGGUUGAGCUUGUUAGCUACGUGAAGAGCAUUGGAUCGAUGAUGCAGCGGUGUGAUACGCUUGUUGCUGAUGCUUUAUGGGAAACUAUCCAUUCUGAGGUCCAAGAUUUUGUGCAAAACACAUUAGCUGCUAUGUUGCGAACUACAUUUCGGAAGAAGAAGGACCUUUCAAGGAUUCUUUCUGAUAUGCGGACCCUUUCAGCAGACUGGAUGGCAAAUACAAGCAAGACUGAAUCUGAGCUGCAGUCUUCGCAGCAUGGAGGUGAUGAGAGCAAAGGAAACUUCUUUUCUCCUAGGCCUGUUGCACCAACUGCUGCACAGGUCCACUGUCUGCAGUUCCUGAUUUAUGAGGUUGUGUCUGGUGGUAAUCUGAGAAAGCCUGGUGGGCUUUUUGGGAAUAUUGGCUCCGAGAUUCCUGUUAAUGAUCUAAAACAGUUGGAAACAUUCUUUUAUAAACUAAGCUUUUUCCUGCAUAUAUUAGAUUACACAGUGACACUCUGGACUUUGACGGAUCUUGGUUUCCUAUGGUUCAGAGAAUUCUAUUUGGAGUCUUCUCGUGUUAUUCAGUUUCCUAUUGAAUGCUCUCUUCCCUGGAUGCUCAUAGAACAUGUGAUUGAGUCCCAGAAUGCAGGUCUUCUUGAGAGUGUUCUUAUGCCAUUUGAUAUCUAUAAUGAUUCUGCACAGCAGGCACUGGUCGUGCUGAAGCAGCGUUUUCUCUAUGAUGAAAUAGAAGCUGAGGUGGACCAUUGUUUUGAUAUAUUUGUUUCCAAAUUGUGUGAAACUAUUUUCACAUAUUAUAAAAGUUGGGCAGCUAGUGAGCUACUUGAUCCAUCAUUCCUCUUUGCCUUGGACAAUGGAGAAAAAUACUCUGUCCAACCUAUGAGGUUCACUGCAUUGUUAAAGAUGUCUCGAGUUAAGUUACUGGGGAGGACCAUUGAUUUAAGAGGUUUGAUUUCUGAACGGAUGAACAAAGCAUUUAGGGAAAACAUUGAGUUUCUAUUUGACCGUUUUGAGUCUCAAGAUAUUUGUGCCAUUGUGGAGUUAGAAAAGCUCCUGGAUAUAUUAAAACAAGCACAUAAUUUGCUAUCCAAAGAUCUUUCAAUGGAUUCCUUCAGUCUCAUGUUGAAGGAGAUGCAGGAAAAUAUCUCCCUUGUUUCCUUUUCCAGUCGGCUCACUUCUCAGAUUUGGACAGAGAUGCAAAAUGAUUUCUUGCCCAACUUCAUUCUUUGCAACACUACUCAACGUUUCGUUCGGUCAACAAAAGUAUCCUCAGUUGCUGUUCAAAAGCCAUCAGUUCCGAAUGCAAAGCCUAACUUCUACUGUGGAAAUAAAGAUUUAAAUUCUGCACAUCAAAGUUCUGUGCGAUUGUUUAGUGGAUUCUUUGGACUACCCCACAUGUUCUCUGUUGUAAGACUUCUUGGGUCUAGAUCAUUGCCAUGGCUUAUUCGGGCACUGCUAGACCAUAUAUCAAAUAAGAUAACGAUGCUUGAACCAAUGAUUACGGGAUUGCAAGAAGCAUUGCCAAAAUCUAUUGGACUCAUUCCCUUUGAUGGAGGUGUGAAAGGUUGUAUGAGGCUUAUUAAAGAAAAUCUUAACUGGGGAACAAAAUCAGAACUGAAAGCUGAGGUUCUACAUGGAAUAAAGGAGAUUGGAAGUGUGUUGUAUUGGAUGGGGCUUCUUGAUAUUGUAUUGAGAGAAGUAGACACUACAAAUUUCAUGCAAACAGCCCCUUGGUUGGGCUUGAUUCCUGGUGUAGAUGGGCAAAUAUUGCAUUCUCAAGAUGGUAGAGACAGCCCACUUGUUUCCCUCUUCAAAUCAGCAACUGGGGCCAUCGUGUCAAAUCCUCAGUGUUCAACUCCAAUGCCCUUUCGAACAAUAUCAAAGCAGGCAGAAGCGGCUGAUGUCUUGUACAAGGCUAACAUGAACACUGGAAAUGUACUGGAAUAUUCCCUUGCUUUCACAAGUGCAGCAUUGGACAGAUACUGCACCAAAUGGAGUGCUGCUCCCAAGACAGGUUUCAUUGAUAUUACAACUUCAAAGGACUUCUAUCGUAUAUUUAGUGGCCUUCAAAUUGUUUAUCUGGAGGACUCUGUUCAGGUUUCACCAAGCAGUAACUAUGUAUUGGGUGAUUCGGUAGCUUGGGGUGGCUGCACAAUAAUAUACCUGCUUGGGCAACAGCUGCAUUUUGAGCUUUUUGAUUUUUCAUAUCAAGUCCUCAAUGUGGCAGAAGUGGAGGCAGCAUCAGUCACACAAACACACAAGAAUCCUCAUUUUUCUCAGGGUUGGGAAGCCUUACUAGAAGCUAUGAAGAAGGCAAGAAGAUUAAACAAUCAUGUAUUCUCCAUGCUGAAAGCACGUUGUCCACUGGAAGACAAGACAGCUUGUGCCAUCAAGCAAAGCGGAGCUCCUCUCCAUCGGAUAAAAUUUGAGAAAACUGUGUCUGCAUUUGAAACCUUGCCACAGAAAGGUUCCUGAGCUGAUUUGGCCAAACUCUUAUCAUAGUUUUUCUUCCUUUUGGUACGUGUCUUUGUUUAAGGUGAGGAGGUUGUAGUGAAAUAUUUUCUUGAACAAACACCAGAAGCCAGUAUGAUUUCAUAUUUGUCCAGACUUAAGCUGGAAAUAGUUUUUAGAGAGAGAGACGAAAGGAAAGAGAGUCGGAGAGAGAUCUUGAAGGCCUGGACAUUGGCACCAUUGUACAUUGCAUGAUCCUUUAAACAUAUCUGCUCGUUUAAGAAAUACCAUAAUAAUAUUUAUAUAUGGAAGAUUGGUUGGUUA